CCAUAUACCACGGGUACAUUUCCUCUCUUUUCCCGCUUGCUGCUCGGUAACCCCCAAACUUGCUUUGCUGUCGUCUGGUUUUUGCGCUUUUGAUUCUCUCAUUUUUCUUUCUUUCCGCUGCCCUUCACACCCACUUGGGGGUACCUACCUAUAGUACCUACCUACCUACCUACGACGUAGCUAUCUAUCAUCAACCUACCUUACCCACCUUGCUUGUCAAAUCCUAAUCUUGGUCUUCCUACCUCCUAACAAGACUAGUUUGGGGCAUUUUGUUUUUGUGUCAUUCUACCCCCCAGGCCGAGGUAACGAGACAAAUCUAGGGCCAUCUUUCGAGACACCACCAAGCGGCAAGUUGGAACCCUGAGAGACGGCACAGCAAAAACAACAGGGCAAAUUAGCACCAGACAACAGGUUAUUUGUCUGGCGUGAUCACCACACCAGAAACACCACACAGCACCACCACCACCUGGCCCAGUAGGGCUGAAAACAAAAAAAAAAAAAAUCGACGAAAAAAAGGGAAAAAAACAAAACAAGACCAAGCCACCAACAACCAAAACAACCCGCCCAUCCGAACACACGUGACACGGUAUACUUUAAAAGACUGCAGGGAAUCAUUGACUGGAUUUAGUCUUCUGAAAAAGUGCACCUGGUCGGAACAAAACGAGAGACUGCCCCCUCUCAUCCUUCCCUCCCUCAUUUGUCUCGAACAUUGUUGACUUGUUGCCUUACAUUUGCAUUUGCAUCUGAUCUGAAGCAUUCAUUCCCUUGCAUUUCUUCUCACUUUCGAGUCUACCUUGCAUUCAACGGUCUUGCAUUGGGAUACACUGAUUUCACGCCUCUCUCUUAUUCUCUUUUCCCCCUUCUCACUGCCGACGCCAUCUGUACACACAAGGGAUUACGCGCGCAUAUACGAGUAGUGGUUUAGGCCGGCUUGACUUUAUUGGUUGUUGUUGCCUUGAGGUCUAGUUCUACCUUGACGGAUCACUUCCUUGUUCAUCCACUUCUAUUGGUCGACUGCCUUCCCUUCCCAAGACAACCGGUUCACCAUCAGAGGUUGUAACCUCAAACAACGGAGAGCGGCCUUGUCUCCGACAAAUUGACCACUCCAGGCUGUCAACAACCCUCAACGCAACCCGACUUGGCUGAGGCAGGUGGAUUCUCUCUCAUUUUGCAAUCAUCAUUGCCUUCCGUCUCGUGAUAGACAGGGCUGGACCGCCGCUUGCCGCCAGUGGAACAGCGCGCUCCCCCUUCUGCUUACCUUACCUAAGGUACCGUACCUUACUGGGGGCACGGCCGUCCGUCCCACAACGACAACCUUCCAUCCAGUGUCAGAUUCGAUUCGGUCCCGAAAGUCUCGAUUGGACUUUGAACAACCAAGAUCUGUUCCGGCGGGUUGCCAUUGUCGAAUUCAAAAGCCUAUUUCUAGGUGCUAAGCCAUAGGGCCUAAUUGGGGGUGUGGGAACGAAUUCAAUGACGACAAGCUCGAAUCAACCCGAGGGUCCGCAACAGUACAUUUCAAACAAUAGCCGCCAUCUAUCUUGUCUGCACUGCUACCACAGACUUCCAGCCGUGAAUCCAGCCGCUGUGAGCCAAGACUCGUAGCGCCGUGGUGGCGAGUCGACCCAUCGGGCGACUUUUUUUUUUAACCUCUUUAAUUCUUUAUUUUUUUUUCAGCUUUGCACAGCCCAGCCUGGUCUCUGCGACAAAUAUUGCGAUCUCCGAUUUUUUGAACCGCCGACGCAGCACAGACACUUGAAACCGGCCGUGGCGGCCCCUACUCCCCUAUUCCCGCCCCUCACCACACGACCCGGCCGGCCGCUAUCCGCCCUAAGGCUCUCGUCUGCUCCACCUCUAAAAUAACAAAAACCACACAUACGUAUCAUGGAGAUCCCUUCAAGACAUCGCAAUGCUGCCCCCGGUGGCCUGCCCUCCAUGCCUUCAAUAUUCAUUGGCGUCAGUCCUCCGUCCAGGCCAAUUGCUUUCGGCAGCACCUCAGGGAACAGCAAUCGACAAGCCGGCUUCUCAUUACCUUCGCCGCCACUCUCGACCUCGAACCCCAUGGUAAUACCAAACUCUCGUGGCGGAGGUGCCUACGACGAUCCUCCACCGCCGCUGCCGCCUCCCAGAUUUGUGCCCAUCGACGGCCCUACCGGCGACCACCCCCAAUAUCUUGAGCAUCGAUCUCAUCACGAGCCCGCAGGCUCUGCAGGCUCAGGCUAUUUUGGAAGCUUGAAUGAAAACUUGAAACGGGAUUCACGAUGGCCGUCCAAACCGGACAGGGACGAGGGUUACGGCAGUUUGUCGUCGAUGGCUUCCUCAAGGUCCCAGGGUUCACUCCCCACGCGCUUCGGCGUUCACCACGAAAAAUAUCAGUUCAGGCCAUCGGUCGAUGCCUACGAUAACGCAUUAUUAAAUAAACUCAGCUCGAAUCGAACCCUUAAUAACCGUUCGCCCACACAAUCUUCAUCUUUAAACUCCCCAACGGGUGACGAGCCGAUGCGACAUCCCACCGCACCUCCUGCGAACGAUCGACUACACCUGCUCAAGCCUCUAUCUCUCCCAACGCGAUCAAAACAGCCGCUGAUGCUAGAAUCCCCGAAUCGUUUCACCGAUACACCGAUAUACUCGGCUGUGUCCCCACGCAGCAACCCUUUCCCGGCGAUCCAGGGUAACAAAUCACCAAACUAUGAGAGCGGUGGCGGGUCGGAUUUUGAAAGAUCGCCAAUACCCAGGCCACGCAGGACUGACAGCUGCGUGUCAGCGUCUGACGAUGCAGGUACUGCUUCCACUCAGGGUAGCAACUACGAGAUGACGGUGGACGAUGUUGAUUAUUCCAUGGAGGAUUCACAGCAUGCCACGAAGAAGCGGAGGGCGUCAUCGCCACCUGGCGAAGAGCCAGCAUAUGGAAACGGCUUUGCGCUACACUCUUCCAACGACCUGCUGAGAAGAAGAGAAGCCGGCGCUUCACGAGGGAGUCCGACCCCACGUCUGAGUGUAAUUCCCCAGGGAUCAUCUACAUCGUCAAAUGGGAGCCGUAGCGGUUCUUUUCUCAGUUUAUCGAUCGGACCCUCUGGCAUCGACCGACUCUCGCCCGGCGGGUUAAGCCCUGGGGGUAUGUCACCAACCGACCCUUCUAGUUGCGGAUCGCCAUUCUCGAUUGCGGCGUCUCCGAGAUCAUCGAUAUCGAGGAGCAACAAUGGCUCAUCUUCGGCGCCGCAGCCCCACCAUCGAACAAUGAGUGUGGAGAAUAGGCUAUCACCGAGAGGCAAGCAGCUCAUGGGCGAGGGAAUCAUGCCAAAGGCUGCUGGUGGCGUGGCGACCAAGAUGCAGGGCUUCCUGAUGUGUCAAUGUUGUCCGAAAAAGCCCAAAAAGUUUGACACUGAGAAGGACCUGAGGGAUCACGAAGCAGAAAAGCAAUACACGUGUUUAUACUGCGGCAACCGUUUCAAAAACAAGAACGAAAUGGAAAGACAUCAAAACAGUCUGCACCUCAGGAAACAUAGUUGGUCGUGUAGCGCCCUUUCUGGAUGGGACCGGGCAUUCCAUGAAUCGACGGCAUCGCCUGGCCAAGCGGAUGUUUGCGGCUACUGCGGAAAAGAAUUCUCACGGAGCUCGGCUGACGGCGCGACGGAGGCGGACUGGGAGGAACGCAUGAAGCAUUUGACGGACGCACACAAGUUCAGGGAGUGCAACAGCAGCAAGAAGUUUUACCGGGCUGACCACUUCAGGCAGCAUUUGAAGCACAGCCACUCUGGGACAAGUGGGAAAUGGACCAACAUGUUGGAGAACGCCUGUAUGUUAGACGAGGAGCCGGAUGUGCCCAUGGAUCGGCGCUGAGUGAUGACCCGGCUGGAAUAGAGGACGAGACGAGGGUAAUGGGAUAGACACUCCACAUUCUACGCCCUUGCGGCAUGUGGGAUGUUGUAAUAUUGGCAGUGGGUCAAAACAGGCCUACUGAGUCAAAGACGUGGUACCUGUACGGAAAACACCGUAAUAUACCAUGGCUUUUUGGGCUCCCAUCAUAUACGGAGGGAAGCCCGCAUGCAACCACAACUUUUAUGAUCAAAGGCCAUAUUAUACGAAUUUUACGAUGGAUUGAAGAAUAGAAAUGUCAACCAAAGUUGAUUACUCGGGGCUUUCGAGGCGGGGGAGUGUAAUGAUGACUGACGGUCAACCAUUGACCUAGAAAGGGAGAGAGGCUCAUGCAUGUCCGUCCAUACCAGAUUUUGUUGCCAACACGGAGGUUUUUCACAAACGGUAGGUAUGUAUGACCAUACCAAGACUAUCUGGCGAUUGCGGUGCGAUUGGCUCAU